CCGGAGGGUCAAGGUCGCCGCGAUGAUGAAGGUUGUGAACCCGUCCAAGGGCAGCGAGAGCGCGGGGAAUGCUGCGUCGUUCUCGUCGUCCGGUGGCACCCUCAAGUUCAAGGGCUGCGCGCACUUUCGCCAGCGCUUGAUUUGUGCAACGUUAAGUGGCCGUCGCAUUCGCAUUGACAACAUUCGCGGUGACAGCGAAGAGCCUGGGAUCUCGGAGUUUGAGGCCAACUUCCUGCGCCUCCUGGACUCGAUCACGAAUGGCAGUCAGAUUGAGAUCAACGAAACAGGAACUGUCCUCAAGUACGCUCCGGGUUUCAUCGUCGGGGGCACGAUCGACCACGACUGCGGCACGAAACGAUCCAUUGGUUGGUUCCUCGAAGCGUUGGUCGCGCUCGCGCCGUUUGCCAAGCGUCCGUUGGUGGCGACGUUGAAAGGUAUCACGAACGACGACGUUGAUGCGUCCGUGGACUACUUCAAGGCUGUGACGAUUCCAUUGCUCAAGCAUUUUGGCUUGGACGAAGGGCUGGAUUUCAAAGUCAAGAAACGGGGUGCGCCUCCACUCGGCGGUGGCGAGGUCCUCUUCCGAUGCCCAACCGUCCGCCAACUCAAAUCGGUCCACUUGGUCGAGGAAGGGUUCAUUAAGCGCAUUCGAGGAGUCGCCUACUGCACACGCGUGUCGCCUCAAACGUCGAAUCGCAUCGUCGACACAUCUCGAGGUCUCUUCAACAAGCUCCUUCCCGACGUAUACAUUUACUCGGACCAUUACCGCGGCACGGACUCGGGCUUGUCCCCCGGCUACGCCCUGUCGUUGGUGGCGGAAACGACCACAGGGGUGCUUCUCGGGGCCGAAACCGCAGCUACCAGUGGCAGUUUGCCCGAGGACGUGGCGUCCAUGGCGUCGCAUCUGCUGUGUGAAGAAAUUCAAAGGGGCGGCUGCGUCGACACGUCGAACCAGUGUUUGGCGCUUCUACUGAUGACGCUGUCGCCUGAAGACGUGUCCAAGAUUCGAUUCGGCAAGCUUACGCCAUACAGGUACUUGUUGGACCGCGCCGCCCACGCAUCGAUUUGUGUUGUAGCAUGCAAUAUCUGCGCCACCUGCGAGAUUUCUUUGGCGUGACGUUCAAAAUCAAGGCCGACCACGAGUCCAAGUCGGUCCUGUUGUCGUGCCUCGGGAUCGGGUUCAAAAACUUGUCGAAGAAAGUCACAUAAAGCAACAUGUAUUUUAUUUGCCACCAACA